UACCAAUAUUGUGUGCAGCGACGGCUGAUCGACGUCAAGAGAAGAAGAAGAAGCAGCCGAAUCAGAGAAAAUAAACAAAUAUAGUAAUAUAUAUAUGUCCUAACACGUGUGUGUGUCUGUGUGGGUCAAGACCGGAAGUCUGAUUAAACGGAAAUCAAAAUAUAGAAACUAAAAAUCAUCUCAAAGAUCGUUUACUUAAUUUUUCGCGUGUGCCAGCAAGCCAGCCUGCUGAAUUACUAUAUUAUUUUAUUUGAAAAAUCGAAAAAGCGUGCCUGCCAAUUUGACUUAUCUUGCUGGAGACUGCAUUUUGUUGUUUUUCGUUUUUGGCCAGACGUCAAAUUCGAUUUUUAUGACUUUUGAAAGCGUGACUAAGACGUGAUUUAUGAUGGCGUGUGGUUUUUAAUAUUCAUGUGGACGCGCUCCGAACCUCUCAACCUGCGUAGGUGCGCCAAACAAUAAAAAUACAAAAAAAUCACCACGGCAAGCAGCAACAUCGCAGCCUCGAGGCUUUAUCCCGAUAUCCAGCUGAGUGUGUGCGUGGAUUCGACUUUUUUAUGGAGGCAGUUAAGCAUUUGAGUGCCGCUGCUGCUGCUGCUGCAGCUGCAGUUGCAACUUGCAGCGAUAUGCCGGCCAAGGCAGCAACAACGCCAGCAACAACAGCCGAUAUUGCCGAGGCGCUAAGCGAUCUCGAGGCAGGCACAACAGCAGCAACACUAGCCAGCACCGCAGCAACAUCGAAGCACAGCAACAAGGCAAGUGCAGCAGCAACACCCACAACGGCACACAAGAAAUCCCAAGAGGGUUGCAACAACAGCAACAGCAAGUGCACGCCAGCAACAUCGUCGAUUGGCAGUAAAACCAGCAACGCUGCCAUGGCAGCUGCAACAGCAACAGCGGCAGCAGCAACUAACGAUCUUGCAGCAGCUGCUGCGGUCGUCCUUUCGCUGCAAGGAACCAUGGUCAGCAGUCUGCAGCAGGCCGCCUUGCUGCCGGCCAAUUCGGCAGCAGCGGCUGCGUUGAAUCUCCAGGCCCUGGAAUCCUAUUUGGCACUGCAGCGACUCACCGGGAAAUCGGAUGUAUUUCGCUUUUCCAGCAGCAAUGCCAGCAACAACAGCAGCAGCAACAGCAACAGCAACCAUGCCGCGACCUGCAACAGUAACAGCAACAGCAGUGAAACGGAAACUAACACCUUGCCCUCGCUAAUAGACAUUGCCAAUAUAGAGCUCAAGUCGAGUUGCUCAUCGAGUUCCUCGGGGGAACCCCCUUUGACGGCAGCAGCAACAUCAGCUGCUGCUGCUGCAACAUCUACGUCCGGCAGCAACUCUACCAGCACGUCAGCAACAUCCAAGUGCCUGCCACUGCCGUCGAUUGGUACCGUUAGUGCUGCUGCUGCAGUUGCGGCCGCUGCGGCUGCUGCAGCAGCUGCUGCGAACCAACAGGCGGCACUCGAUUGCGCAACUGCCGCAGAACUGGCUGCAGAAUGCGAUUUACCCCUGCUGGAUGGCGAGGAUGCAUUGUCCUUUGAGGCCGGAGAUUUGGACAGCAGCUAUGGCAGCUUUAUGUUUAAUCCAUCGGCCUUUAGCCAGGCGGAAACGGACUCUGGUCUGCAUUCCCUUCAGGCCACCAUGUAUCAGGACAAGAUGAAUGUCAUUUCGGGGGCGACGGGAGCCGGAGCGGUAGGGGGCGUGGAGGAGGCGGGCAGCUCGACGGCAGCAGCGGCGGCAGCGGCUGCACAGCGGUCUAAAAAACAAUUCAUCUGCAAGUUCUGCAACCGGCAGUUCACCAAGUCCUACAAUCUGCUCAUCCACGAGAGAACCCACACGGACGAGAGGCCCUAUUCCUGCGACAUCUGCGGCAAAGCCUUCAGGCGACAGGAUCACCUGAGGGAUCAUAGAUACAUCCACUCCAAGGAGAAGCCCUUCAAGUGCGCCGAAUGCGGCAAGGGAUUCUGUCAAUCCCGAACUCUGGCUGUCCACAAGAUCCUGCAUAUGGAGGAGUCGCCGCAUAAGUGCCCCGUGUGCAAUCGCUCCUUUAACCAGCGAUCCAAUCUGAAGACCCACCUGCUUACCCACACCGAUAUCAAGCCUUACAAUUGCGCCUCCUGCGGGAAAGUUUUUCGACGUAAUUGCGACCUGCGACGUCAUAGCCUAACUCAUAACUUAGCAGCCGGAGUGGGCGGCGUUGUGGGUGGUAACCUUAGUGAUCUAUUUGGCUCCGGUUCCAAUUCCAGUUCCGAGCUGGGCUUGCCUACGGGAUCCACCACCACUUCCGCAUCCUCCAGAGACCUGGUGGCCGUCAGCGAUUGAUCUUCCAACUCUAUACUAUAUAAUACCCACUCAAUAAAAUUAAAUCUCAUUCGCAGCUCUCAUGAAUACGAAUCCCUCCAUUUCGUAAUCGUAAUCGUACUUACUGAACAGCAUUUAGUUUUUUCUAAGUUUAGUCUUAGUUACUUUGUUUUAAGCCUUGGAUAUUUGUGACGUAAGCUUAGCAGGAAAGUUUGACUUUGUGUAAGGCACUUGAUAUGUUUAGAAAGUAAGUUAAAUUGUGGACUCUUUUUGUACUAUCGAAUAAAUGAUAAUAGCUUAAAGGAAA